AUGUCAUCCCAGUUUUUGUCACUAUCACCAGUGACUCCUGCAGAGAAAGAAAAAGAUGAGACAAUCAAAAAGGACAGGCCAUAUAAGAUCUUUUUUAAAGAUCUCUUUCUUUUCAAAGAAAAUGAAAUGGCAGCAAAGAAAAGGGAAAAGUUUCUGAACCGUAACAUGAAAGUCUACCAAAAGUCUACUUUUUCAUCACGAAUGAAGAAUCGUUCACAUCUGGGCCAAAUAGCAAUCUUCACCGACACAGGUGGUGCCUCAGUUGAACGACUGGGGCUAGAUCCCACUCUUAUUCUCAGAUUAACAGAAGGUGCAGACACAAAAAGGACCAUCCAUGAAUUUAUUAGUGACCAGAGAGACAGGUUUAUGCUCGAGUAUACUCUGUCAACCAAAAGAAACACCAUCCAAAGGUUUGAAAAACACACAGCAAUGAAGGAAAGGAAACUCAUGAAAGCAGAAAAAAAGCUCGAAGAAGACGCGGUAGCCUUUGAAGAGUUCCUGCGAGAAAACGACCAGAGAUCUGUAGAUGCUCUCAAAAUGUUCGUCCCCCCCACCCCUUUGGCCAAAUCGCUUUUUACCCUCUUCUUUCUUCUUUUUAGUUUCUCAGAACACAGACCAAUACAAAACAGACUAACAAAUCUGUCCCUUUUCAGUGCAGCGCAGGAAACUAUAAACAAACUGCAAAUGACGGCGGAACUCAAAAAGGCGAGUUUGGAGAUCCAGUCGGUGAAAAGUGAAAUAGCAAAAACAGAAUUCCUCCUCAGAGAGUACAUGAAAUAUGGGCUUUUUCUGAUGAAACUGUCUCCAAAACAAUGGCAAAUCCAGCAAGCAAUGAAAAAGGUGUCAAGGAGUAAAGAAAAUGUGAAUGUUACGCUUCCAAGUAUAAUAAGAAAAUUAAGUGCAAGGAGAAGAGAGACCACUGACGAGUCCAGGAGGACAUCAUUUUCGGAAGAUUCUUCUCUGGGAAGAGGUAGCCAAGCAAGAUCACGCAGGAGGACCACUCCCAACCUAGAGGAAAAGAAAUCAUCCUUAUCAAACCAAACUGAGAGUAUCAGUUCAGAAGACAGUUUGGAAUUCUUUUUAGAUGAUGAUAUGGACUACGAUCUGGAGCCAGAACUUUAUUUCAAAGAACCUGAAGAGUUACUUCAAGUCCUCACAGAGCUGGAAGAGCAGAAUCUUACUUUGGUACAAUAUUCCCAAGAUGUAGAUGAAAAUCUUGAAGAUGUAAAUAAAAGAGAAAAAGUUAUACAGGAUAAAAUAAAUACCAACAUAGAGUUUCUUUUGGAACACAAGGAAUUGCUCAAGGCCAACUGUGUAAGAGAAGAAGAAAAAGCAGCAGAGUUGGAAUUAAGGUCCAGGCUAUUUAGUUUUGGAGAAUAUAACUCAGAUGCUCAGGAAAAACUGAUAGACUCUCUUAGUAAAAAAAUUAACCAAGUAUACAAAGUCUGCAUUGGAGAUGCUGAGGUUGGAAGCCUCAACCCAGUUCAAAAGCUGGUAAAAGUAGAGACUCGCCUGGUAGAAUUGAGUGAUCUCAUUGACUCCAUUCCCAAAGAAAAUGUGGAGGCAAUUGAGAGGAUGAAACAGAAAGAACGACGGCAAAGGUUGCGUGAAGAGAAAAUGAGAGAGAAACAGAAACACCAGGAAGAAAGGCUAAAAGCUGCCCUGGAAAGAGCAGUAGCACAACCAAAGAAAAAGAAGGGAAGACAACUUAUCUACCGUUCAAAACCUCCAUCUGGUAACAAACAUGAACUACUUUUAGUCAAGGAUACAAGAACAAAAUCCCUGGAGGAAGAGUAUUUUUUCACUUGA